UACGAAAAGUUUAGCUGUUGGCUUAUAAAUGGCCAAAGCUAUUUUGGGCUUUAUUUUCGUUUCAUUCUUAUUCACAGGUGAUUCAAUAACAAACAACGUAACAUGUAUUGGAGGAACUCAAAAUAGGGUUAAAAACAAUAAUAACGCUAACAACAGGAAUAUUACUAGUAGAAUUGGAAUUAAAAACACAGCGAAUAAAUCUCAAACACAUUUCAUCAUGAGUAAGAGAAAAGCUCCGUCCAGUGAAAACAACCCAAACCAUGAUUUUUGCGAUUUUUUAACAGAACUUGCAAAUUAUGAGCGAAAUGUGAACCGCAAUAUUUAUAAGUACAAUGCCUAUAGAAAAGCAGCGAGUUCCUUGGCAGCUCAUAAAACACGUGUAACAUCUGGGAAAGAUGCAAGAAAACUAGAAGGUGUUGGUGAAAAAGUUGCAGAGAAAAUUGAUGAAUAUUUAAAAACUGGGCACUUAAAGAAGUUGGAUAAGAUUCGAGAGAACGGGACAAAUGACAGUAUUAAUCUAUUAACAAGGGUGUCUGGUAUCGGACCUGUGAAAGCCAAAGAGCUGGUGGAUGCUGGCAUUACUACUUUAGCAGACCUCAAGAAGAAUUCAGAUAAACUGACUCAUCAUCAGCUAAUAGGACUAAAGUAAGUUUACAUAUCUGAUUUUGAGAAGAGAAUUCCUCGGGAGGAGAUUUCUCAAAUUGAGACCGUAAUCAGGGAUUCCGUUCUUGAAAUGGAUCCAAAACAUCUAUUAACAGUUUGUGGCAGUUACAGGCGUGGACUGCCCAGCAGUGGAGACGUAGAUAUGCUUAUCACUCAUCCAGACUUCACGUCCAGUGACAAGGGCAAAGCUGGCAAGGCUAAGGCUGCCAAGCUGCUCUCUGCCAUCGUCAGCCUGCUGGAGGACAAAAAACUGAUCACAGAAACCAUAUCUCAUGGUGAUGUCAAGUUCAUGGGCGCAUGUCGAGUAGGGGAGGUGACGCGACGGCUGGACCUGCGGAUAGUUCCGUACGACCAGUACCAUUGUGCUACCCUCUAUUUCACCGGCAGCGACAUGUUCAACAAGGAGAUGAGAGCGCAUGCACUCCAGCAGGGGUUCACACUCAACGAGUACUCACUCAGACCAGUCGGAUCCACGGGUGUACCAGGAGAAGCGCUGCCUGUUACUAGUGAGCAGGACAUAUUUGAGUACAUAGACUACCCCUACAAGAGCCCAGAAGAGCGUAGUGUGUAGUGUUACCAAACAAUAUCUUACGUACAGGUAUGUUUCAACUGGAGAACCAAAGAUUUUAUUGUUUCACUUCCAAUUGAAAUGUCUCUAUUUUAAUACCCAUCACAGACUUAUAACUUUACAUCACAUUUUAUAGUCGUAAAAGUGUCUAUAUGUUAGUGAUUUUAAAAUUAUUAUAUGCAUGUGAAUUAUAUGUAAAUUUACAAAUAAAAUCAAAUUUUAUUUAUA